AUGCGUUCCAAGUUUUUGCAGAAACUUCACAUAGGCUCUGGACAUCCGGAAGACGCUCUGGAUCUACAAAGGACAAUUGCAAUGGACAAAUCAGACCAGCAACUUCUGCACAACGUUUACCAAGGCCAAACAGAACCGGCAGAUGAGGCCCAAUUGAGUCUGCAACAGGCUCAACAGCAACAGUCGGCCAUUCUCCAACACAUGCCGUCGUACCAGGCCAUCAUCCAGCCAAGUUACGCGCAUUUGCAAAGGGUUGGCGGGCUUUCUUUGCUGCCGCAAAGAUCCACAGUCUCAAAAGGCAAAUACUCGCUUAAGGAUUUCAUAAUAAUGCGGACAUUGGGAACAGGCUCGUUCGGUAGAGUGCAUCUGGUGAAGUCUGUGCACAAUAACCGGUUCUACGCAAUCAAAGUGCUGAAGAAGGCACAGGUUAUCAGAAUGAAACAGGUGGAGCACACAAAUGACGAGAGAAGAAUGCUCAAGUUGGUGGAACACCCGUUCCUGAUUCGGAUGUGGGGAACCUUCCAGGACUCCAAGAGUUUGUUCAUGGUGAUGGACUACAUCGAAGGAGGCGAGUUGUUCUCGCUGCUCCGCAAGUCGCAGAGAUUUCCUAAUCCGGUUGCCAAAUUUUACGCAGCCGAGGUGACUUUGGCUCUUGAGUAUUUGCACUCGCACAAUAUCAUAUAUCGAGAUCUCAAGCCAGAAAACAUCCUGCUGGAUAGAAACGGCCACAUCAAGCUCACGGACUUUGGGUUUGCCAAAGAGGUCGAGACAGUGACCUGGACCUUGUGUGGAACUCCCGACUACAUUGCUCCCGAGGUCAUCACCACCAAGCCGUACAACAAGAGUGUCGACUGGUGGUCGUUGGGGAUCUUGAUUUUCGAGAUGCUCGCAGGAUACACGCCAUUCUACGACCAGACCCCGAUGAAGACGUACGAGAAGAUUCUCGCCGGCAAGAUCCAGUACCCGUCGCACUUCCACCCCGACGUGGUGCAUCUUCUAACAAGACUCAUCACCGCAGACUUGACGCAUCGGCUGGGUAACCUGCAGAACGGCCCGGCAGACAUCAGAAACCACCAGUGGUUCAGCGAGGUUGUCUGGGAGAAGCUGCUGUUGAAGGACAUUGAGACUCCGUACGAGCCUCCAAUCACCGCCGGCGUCGGCGACACGUCUCUGUUCGACCACUACCCAGAGGAACAGCUCGAUUACGGCGCAGUUGGUGAGGAUCCUUACGGCAAGUAUUUCGUGGACUUUUAA